GUUCUGGACCGGGCGGGACCGGCCCGAAGGGCUGUGUGCGGAGGCCGGGGAUUGGCGCAGUACCCCACAGCUGGAGCAGCAGGGACUCGGAGCCUCCGCGCGUCAAGGUGGACCCCGGUGAACCCGGGCCUGAAACCAGCAACCCGCAUCACCAAGGAGCUGAAGAGCCUCCCCGCAACUGAACCAGAGAGGACUCUGGAGGGAGUCAGUGCCACAGCUUAGCAACACCCAAAGAAGAAGGGACUCGGGCCACGGACUUACUGCGCAGCCCCCUUCUUUUGGAAGGAGGGAAGGAGCCAGGGAAGAGGAUGACGCUUAACACCCAGCAGGAAGCGAAGACCACCCUGCGCCGUCGAGCCAGCACUCCACUACCCCUGUCGUCCCGGGGCCACCAGCCUGGCCGCCUGUGCACAGCGCCCCCUACUCAAACCCACCAUCCCCGACUGGGUCAGUCAGCCUCCCUCAACCCUCCCAUUCGAAAGCCCUCUCCAGCCCAGGAUGGGUGGUCCUCUGAAUCCAGCGACUCUGAAUGCUCUUGGGAGGCCCUCUACCGAGUGGUGCUGCUUGGAGACCCCGGCGUUGGGAAGACCAGCCUGGCCAGCCUCUUCGCAGGGAAGCAAGAGCGAGACAUUCAUGAACAGCUGGGAGAUGUGUACGAGAGAACACUAUCAGUGGAUGGAGAGGACACCACCCUGGUCGUCAUGGACACCUGGGAGGCCGAAAAACUGGAUGAAAGCUGGAGCCAGGAGUCGUGCCUGCGGGCGGGCAGCGCCUACAUCAUCGUGUACUCCAUCGCAGAUCGCAGCAGCUUCGAGAGCGCUUCAGAGCUCCGGAUCCAGCUGAGGCGCACGCAUCGGGCCGACCACGUGCCCAUCAUCCUGGUGGGAAACAAGGCAGACCUGGCCCGCUGCCGGGAGGUCUCCAUAGAAGAGGGCCGCGCCUGUGCAGUGGUGUUCGACUGCAAGUUCAUCGAGACUUCAGCCACUCUGCAGCACAAUGUGACGGAGCUUUUUGAGGGCGUGGUGCGCCAACUGCGCUUGCGCCGCCAGGACAGCAUGGCCCGGGAGGCGACAUCACCGCGACGUCGGGCCAGCCUGGGCCAGCGCGCCCGCCGCUUCCUGGCACGCCUGACAGCUCGCAGCACACAACGCCGGGCACUCAAGGCCCGCUCCAAGUCCUGCCACAACCUGGCUGUGCUCUGAAGCCAGCACCUCUCUGGGGUGAUGGGACACUGUGGUGCCACCGAGGGCUAGACCUCUGUGUGUCGCCUGGAGUGGUGGACCUUGCCUGUUGUCAAGAUGGCCAGAGAGCUUCAACAGGAACCAAGGCUUUGAGGACCCUUCCUUCCUGGGGAAGUGAUGGGUGCACCAUGGGGCUAUAAACCCAAGCCGGGCACAAGUAGGGUUUUAUUUUGUUUUGUUUUUUACAGGGUGGGUGUCUUUUUGUAAAACUCUUUCUUGUCCCUGGGCUAUGACGAGCUCUCAGAACGUUCCACAAUAAGCCAGUCCAGGAUGCACGGACCUCACUCCCUGGGCUCCUCUAGGCAUCUCCACCUCCUCUCCAAACAUCCAACUUGACUGUAGACUGGUUUGGCCUGCUGGCCUUGAUGUCUUGGACAAUCAAUAAAGUCAGUGAAUUCGUUAUA